ACGCGCAGUUUUUUUUUUUUUUUCCCCCUUCACACUUUUGUAAACAACAUGGCGAUCAACCGAGUGGCCCUGCUGGUCCACUGAUCAAACACGGGGCUGCUGUCAGAACCAGCGUAGCGCGGGGGUCCGGGCUGGAAGUCCCGACCCAGAUAGCCGACGAGUCCUCGCGGAGAGCAGCAGGAGUUGGGCCGACGAGCUGUCAGCAGGACUGUCCAUCGGCCGUCUCAGUCUAUGGGCUCUCAGUCCAGUUCUGGGAUGUCUUGUGGAAGGGGCUCUUCCAGCGGCAGCCCGGCAGAUCAGUCUGAAGCAGGAGAACCGAACCAGAACCAGAACCAGAACCAGAGCAGCAGCAGCGGGAGCAGCAGCAGCAGCAGCAGCCAGGGCAGGAGGACGGCUGACAGGCAGCAGGGAGACACGCAGUCAGCUUUCGAGGAGGACGUUGACUUAGCUGAAGUUCUGGCUUACCUACUGAGAAGGGGCCAGGUCAGAGUGGUCCACGGCCAUGAAGAUAGUGGGCUGCAGCUGGUCCAGUCCUACUCUGACUCUGAUGAGGAGGGUGACGGCGCCUGGGAGGGGCGGCUGGGCAACCGCUACACCCCGCCAGUGGACACCCAGCCCGACACACAAGAAGUGGACCGCAGUGAGAUCCGAACGCAGGUCCUCCUGGCCACUGCCUCGUCCUCCUUGAAAGGCCGACACAGCUUCACCCACAUGCUCACCGAGAGAGAGCAAGGCAGGUGCAGAGGCUCCAGCUUUUCCCACGGAGAGUGCAGUCGUAUCCGCACGCAUUUCCUGCCAAACUACGUGUCCCACAGUUAUACAUACCUGCAGAAAGCCUUCUGUGGCGUCUACAGCGACGAGGGCAACAUGUUCCUCUCCGCCUGCCAAGACCAGAACAUCCGGCUGUACGACACCACCAGGGGGCGUUUCCACCUGCUGCAGAAGGUGAAGGCCCGCGACGUGGGCUGGAGCGUGCUGGACGUCUGCUUCACCCCCGACGCCCGCCAUGUGCUCUACUCCAGCUGGUCUGACUACAUUCAUUUGUACAGUAUAGACGGAGACUCUGACAACCACAACGCCCUGAACCUCAAUCCAGAUGAGCGGAGGUUCUGCGUGUUCUCGCUGGCGGCGUCAACAGAUGGCAAAGAGGUUCUGGGCGGAGCAAACGACGGCUGCCUUUACGUUUUCGAUCUUGAGCAGCAGAAACGAACGUUGAAGAUCGAAGCCCACGAGGACGACGUGAACGCGGUGGCGUUCGCCGACAGCUCGUCCCAGCUGCUCUUCUCUGGCAGCGACGACGCUCUGUGCAAGGUGUGGGACAGACGGACGCUGCGAGAGGACAAGCCGCAGCCCGUCGGACAGCUGGCCGGCCACAGAGACGGCAUCACCUUCAUCCACAGCAAGGGCGACGCCCGCUAUCUCAUCAGCAACUCUAAGGACCAGACCAUCAAGCUGUGGGACAUCAGGAAAUUCUCAUCCAACGAGGGCUUGGCCGCCUCCCGCGUGGUGGUCAGCCAGCAGAACUGGGACUACCGCUGGCAGCAGGUUCCCCAGAGAGCCCUGAAGAGGCACAAACUGACGGGCGACACCUCGGUGAUGACCUACCGCGGCCACGGCGUGCUGCACACGCUCAUCCGCUGCCGGUUCUCUCCGGAGUUCAGCACCGGGCAGAGGUUCAUCUACUCCGGCUGCUCCACGGGCAAAAUCGUCAUCUACGACGUGCUGAGCGGGAAGGUGGUGUCCAGACUGUCGGGUCAUGACGCGUGUGUGAGGGACGUCAGCUGGCACCCGUACGACGACAAGAUCAUCAGCAGCUCUUGGGACGGAGGGGUGCGGCUGUGGGAGCACAGACAAACCCAUCCUCUGGACGAAGAACGGGAGAGGAAGGAGAUUGACACGUGGAAGAAGACGAGAGAUGAAGGCAGAGACUGCCCCUGGAACAGGGACUGCAAGGAGCUCGGCAGCUCAGACGGGCCGGGACAAUCUUCAGGACCCUUUUAAGUCGAUGCUGGAUAUUAACGAUCACUCGUGUAAAAUGGCUGGGAAGUAUUGUCUUGGAAUGACUAAAUGACCCCCCACCCCCACCUGUUUCUCUUUGGAUCUUUGUUCCCUCUGUCUCGUGCUGAAUGAACAGGCCGGCGCGUUCGGACUCGGCCUGAACUCCAGAUGUGCUGCAGAAACGCUGCCGUUUAGAGAAGCAUUAAGAUGUAAUGAUAAGUUAGGUCCAACAGAGGUAGACGUGUUGGAUGUCGAAGGGAGAAAAAAACGAUGAUGAUGAUCACGAUGAUGAUUCUGUAUACAUGUAUAGUAUUUUAAUGAAACGUGCAUCGGAGGGAGCUCGGAUAGAUACCCGUGUGCUGACGUUUGCAUCGGUUUUCAAUUUGCUGUCACGAGUAACGCAGGUUAUGCCCUCAUGUUUAUUCUCUAGACGCCCAAAGCCCUGCUAGUAGACUUUUCUCUUCACCGCUCUGCAACGUGACCAGCUAGUCCCAGACGGCUUCUUAGGUGUCGCCCACAGCUGGAAAGCGGAUCAGUAAAUGCUUCAUCAGGAUUUCUUUUUCAAGAGUGAUUUAUUUUUUUUCGUUAGGCGGUAUAAACCUGUGAAAUGUCUCGAAGAUUUGAUGGUGUGUGAUCUUGUGGUAAAAACCUGAACAGGGGAUGUUAAAUAUCUUUACGCUCUGAUCUGUGUGUGCGACCUUCGGGUGGUUAUAAAACUCAUUCAGUUCUCACUUUCAAGCAGUUCUCUUACAGUGACAAUAAAAGGAGAUUUUUCUUUAAUUGUAUCACAAAAGCCGCCUGGUUUCCUGGUAAACGGGUUUCUCCACGGUUCUGCGCAGGAGCGAGGAGCUUAAAGCUGUAAAGGUGAUGUCCCGCAUAAUUAGUUUUCUCCACAAAAACAAAACAAAACAAAAAAAA